AUGUUCCUACAGGAUGCGCAGGGAAAAGUGCUUCAGUAUGGAAUUACUGCUGCCUGCGGUGCUGGGUUUCUUCUCUUCGGCUAUGACCAGGGUGUUUUUGGUGGCCUCCUGGACAAUGAACCCUUCCUGAGGACCUUCGGCUUUCCGGGGGCUACGAUCCAAGGUCAGAUCGUGGCAACAUACGAUAUCGGCUGCAUUACUGGGACACUCGUGUCCAUGUAUGCCGGCGACAAACUGGGUCGCAGAAGAUGUAUUCUCAUCGGCUGCGCGAUUUUGAUCAUCGGUGCAAUCCUCCAGACGGCGUCAUAUUCCCUCGCGCAGAUGAUUGCCGGCCGUGUGGUCGCGGGGAUCGGAAACGGAAUGAAUACCAUCGCUAUACCUAUCUGGCAGGCAGAAACUGCGCAGCCGAAAGAUCGGGGCAAACUCAUCGUUUUUCAGCUGGUCACGAAUAUUUUUGGCAUUGUGAUCACAAAUUGGAUGAACUAUGGCUUCACCUUCAUUCCGCACUCAGAUGUGAGCUGGCGGUUUCCUCUGGCAUUCCAGUGCUUCUUUGCCAUCAUCACCAUUGCCCUAGUCCAUGUCACACCGGAGUCGCCUCGGUGGCUUAUUAUGAAGAAUCGUGUUGGGGAGGCACAAAACAUUCUCGCUAGGCUGUUAUCAAAGCCGGAUAAUGAUCCUUUUGUUACCAAUGAGAUUCGGAAUCUAGUUGCUGCUGUUCACCAUGAGGCUGAGGUGCAGGAGUCGGUUGCCCUGAAAGAAAUUCUGACUUGGAAGAGUAAGCAGCAAACACUUCGCCGCAUGCUUCUGGGAGCUGGUACCGCAUUCUUCCAACAGAUGGGAGGUACCAACGUUAUUGCAUAUUACCUCCCCGUGGUUCUUACACGAUCAGUGGGUCUAAGCAGUCGCAUGGCUUUGAUCUUGCGAAAGAGGCUAAUGAUCAUGGGCGUCGCUGCCAGUAGCGUUUGCUUUGCUCUUGUUGCUGUGGGCUUGCGAUAUGGUGGCCCAGACAACAAGGGGAUGUCGAUCAUGGCUGUGGUUUUCAUUUUUGUCUACUACGUCUUCUACGGAAUGUCGCUGCUCUCGAUUCCCUAUAUAUACCCUGCCGAGAUCAAUUCUCAGAGAAUGCGCAACAUCGGCACAUCCUUUGCCACCACUGUCAAUUGGCUUUUCGUCUAUGUUGUUGUUGUGGUCACCCCUACCGCCAUCCAAAAUAUCCAGUGGCGGUAUGAUAUGCUCUACGCCAUUUUCAACUUUUGCUUCAUCCCACUCAUUUACUACUUCUACAUUGAGACUGCGACAUUAUCUCUUGAACAAGUUGAUCGGCUCUUUGAAAUCAAGCACAAUGCAGGAAAUGACAUGAGUUGGGCAGACGCAACGCGGAUCGCUCGUACUGAGAGUGAUGAUUUGCAGGUUUGUGUGGAGAAGGAUGGCAUUAUCAAUGCAGAGCACUGCGAAAUUGCUCCCUGA